AUGCUUCUGGGCACCAUCCUCGCCUCCACCCUGCUCUUGUGCUCUGUGGCCAGCCAGAGGUGUUCCACCUCGGCAGGAAUCAGGGAUGUUGACUUCCUCCUCCAGAAGCUGAAGGAAGACUCAACCUCGAAAUGUAGCUGCAGCGCCAAUGUAACCAGUUGUUUGUGUCUGCCCAUCCCUUCUGACAACUGCAGCACACCGUGCUUCCAGGAGGGGCUGUCCCAGAUGACCAAUGCCACACAGAAAACAAAAUUCUCGCAGGUUUUCCUUCGGGUGAAAAGAUCGGUUGCCAUCCUAAAGAACAACAAGUGUCCAUUUUUUUCCUGUGAACAGCCAUGCAACCAAACCACACCAGGCAACAUGGAGACAUUUCUGAGGAGUCUCCUGGAAACAUUCCAGAAAGAGAAGAUGACAGGGGUGAAAAGCCAACUGUGA